GGCGGUCUGGGGGGGUCAUGUGUCGUUUGGUGCAUAUGUCAAGUUAUUUCUUUGUUAUCCUGUCUAGACAUUUUUCUUCUCGAUUCCCCCAUCCACCUUCCCUUGAUCAAUCUUUUUCUCACUGGGACAGCCAUCGCCGUGCUCAAUUGAACUUCCUCCAUCCCAAUUGACCCUUAUUUCCCCGUUACCAACAAGAUGCUUCGCUGGUAUCAGACCAAGUUGGCGAAGCAGCCCAUUCUCACAGCCAGUGUGACCAGUGCUGUGCUCUUUGGUAGCGGUGAUGUGCUUGCCCAGCAGCUAGUCGAUCGCAAGGGUUUUGAGAAGCAUGACUUUGCUAGAACGGGCCGCAUGGCCCUAUACGGUGGAGCAAUCUUUGGGCCUGCUGCCACCACCUGGUACGGCUUCCUUCAACGUAACGUGGUCUUGAAGAACAGCAAGGCCACUAUUGUUGCCCGUGUUGCCGCAGAUCAGUGUCUGUUCACUCCGACCCAUCUUACUUGCUUCUUGACCUCCAUGGCCAUCAUGGAAGGCUCAGACCCCAUUGAGAAGUUGCGUAACAGCUUCCUUCCCAGCUACAAGGCCAACUUGACCAUCUGGCCCCUUGUUCAAGGUGUCAACUUCGCUAUUGUGCCACUGGAAUAUCGUGUGCUCGUUGUUAAUUUGGUCAGCUUGGGCUGGAACUGCCUUCUGAGCAUGAUCAAUAGCGGCGAUAAAUAACUGCACCCCCUUUCUUCAAUAUUUUGGAGACCUUGCAUUUAGAGAUACCCCUUGAUUAUACAGCUGAUACAUCAAAGACUUUUUGGGCUUGUUUCCGGGGCCAUAGAUGUUUUUUUUUUUUGCACUUCUUCGUUAUCUCACUUUUCCCUUCCCUUUUUUCAUUUUGGGGCGCAACAUCUAGAACAAUUCGGGUAAAAAUAGACGUGCUUGGCUAAACCGGGUAUAUUUUGGCCGUUAUUGUACUAUAUUUCUGCGGGUAUAUAGAAAAUUAUAUUUAGAAGCUA